GGCUCGCCUUCUCCUCCUCCUCCUGCGCCGUGGCAGCGGCGCCUCCAUCUCCUGCUGCUGCUGCUGCUGCUCGUGGCCGGGGGCGCCUCCUGCGCGCAACCCCCGCCGCCGCCCUCCUCCGCCGCCGAGCAGCGCUGCUUCUGCCAGGUCACUGGUCAUCUCGAUGAUUGUACUUGCGACGUGGAGACGAUAGACGCUUACAACAAUUACCAGAUUUUCCCCCGCUUGCAGAAACUCCUAGAAAGCGACUAUUUCAGAUAUUAUAAGGUUAACCUGAAGAAGCCGUGUCCAUUUUGGAACGACAACAGCCACUGCGGGAUUCGAGACUGUGCGGUGAAGCCUUGCCCGUCUGAGGAGGUCCCCGGUGGAAUUAGAUCCGAGAGCUACAAGUAUUCAGAAGAUGCAAAUACCUUUUCUGAUGACUGCGAAAAAGCCGAGAGACUGGGAGCUGUUGAUGGAUCGCUGAGUGAAGAAACAGCCAGGGCCCUCCUUCAGUGGACUCGGCAUGACGAUUCUUCGGACAACUUCUGUGAAGUUGACGAUGUCCACUCUCCCGACGCCGAAUACGUUGAUUUACUUCUCAAUCCCGAGCGUUACACGGGCUACAAGGGUCCGGAAGCCUGGAAAAUCUGGAACAGCAUUUACGAAGAGAACUGUUUCAAGCCUCAGUCGAUAAAAAGGCCUUUAAACCCACUGGCUUCUGGAAGAGGAGCAGGAGAAAACGAAGGGCCUCUGUUCUACAGCUGGCUUGAAGGCCUCUGUGUGGAGAAACGAGCGUUCUACAAACUCAUUUCGGGGCUCCAUGCCAGCAUCAACAUCCACCUGUGUGCCAGGUACCUCUUGAAAGACACCUGGGCCGAGAAGCAGUGGGGCCCCAACGUGACAGAAUUCCAGCGGCGCUUUGACGAAGUCUUGACCCAAGGCGAGGGCCCCCGGCGGCUCAAGAACCUGUACUUCAUCUACCUGAUCGAGUUACGGGCCCUUUCCAAAAUCCUGCCUUUCUUUGACCGCCCCGAUUUCCAGUUGUUUACGGGGCACAAAAGUCGAGACACAGAAACCAAGAGUCUCCUUUUGGAAAUCCUCCAUUUAACCAAAUCUUUCCCUUUGCACUUUGACGAAAAUUCGUUUUUUGCUGGGAACCCGAAAGAAGCAGCCAAACUGAAGGAAGAGGUUCGGCUUCAUUUCAGGAACAUUUCCAGGAUCAUGGACUGUGUUGGAUGUUUCAAAUGCCGCCUUUGGGGAAAGCUGCAGACUCAAGGUUUGGGAACGGCACUGAAAAUUCUGUUUUCGGAGAGCCAGAUAGAAAACAUGCCAGAAAAGGGUCCUUCCCACACCUUCCACCUGACAAGGCAGGAAAUCGUGUCCUUCUUCAAUGCUUUUGGAAGGAUUUCAACGAGUGUCAAAGAAUUAGAAAACUUCAGGAACCUUUUACGACCUCUGCAGUGACCUGGUUUUUGCAAGAGACGGUGCCUCCCCCCGCCCCUUGUUCUCCAUGGAUGGGGCCUGGAGCCGUUCCUCUGAAGUGGUCCCAAGAGACUUGCCCCCCCGCCCCCAGCUUGGGAAGAGGAGUGUCGCUGGCAGGGGCCCAGGGCAUCUGACCCCCCCCCGUCCGGCUUGCAAGCUGACAUUUGUCCCAGCAGGCUCUGAAAUUCUCACGAGAGACUCUUUGGUCCAGGGCAGAGAGAGGCAGACUUUGCCUGUGCGUGUUAACGUCUGUGUCUUUUCUUUGCGGAACUCCUGCGGUCCACCGGCGUUGCUCUUAACUGGACAGAUGGAUGGAAAUCGGUUUCACCUCUGCUGAUCGGAACUCUUUGCUCCAGAAGAAGCUGCUUCAGGGAAUUAACAAGGUGCUGGUUCCGUCCCUUGUCGUGUAGCCGUACAACUGGGCACGUCACCAUCACCUUGUUCAUGAAGUCCGAUUUGCUGACCCAACAUCCGGUGUCAAAACCCAAUAGAAAUCUGGUCCCUCUUCAGCACACCACGCUCAGCAUUCUUCCUUAAAAGAAAUACGCCGGGUUUUCCCUCCGUCAUUUUCCCAAAGUCCAGCAUUUUUUUAAAAACAAGAAUUCCCUUAACAAGAACACUGUGAGCUCUGUUGGGAACUGGCUAAUGGACUGCCAGCCUUCUUUCCAUCUCAAUUCCGGGCAUGUCUUGCGCUGUGGACGCGUCAUUUCUGGACUCCUGCCGAACUCACUGGGCAACACAUUUCUGAAAAAUCCAACAGGUGUGGUUGUAAAUACUCUAGGAAACCUGAGUUAAGGACAGCCCUAAAACAAAGAAGGUCAAACGUU